CUUUAAACUUCAUAAAAAUGAAUCGAAGUUUUUUAAUAAAAAAAAUAAAUUGUUUUUUUAAAUAAAAUUGCUUUUUAUCGAAUGAAAUAUAUAUUUGUGAAUAAAUCAAAAAACUAAAUAAAGAUAUCGCUAUUACAUUAGAAGUGCGGCUUAAAACGAGGCGUUUCAAUAAAUCAUCCUUGAAACUUAUUAAAGGAAUAUGUCUGUAUAUCAAGUUGAAAUUUUCAUACAAACAAAAGAAAAUGCUCUUCGUGAAUUUUCGUUUGUCGAUGAAGAAACAGUACCAUUAAUUCAAAUAAUUGUGAAUACUUAUCUUAUAUUAAGAAAAUGAAGAUGAAUAUUUACACAAAUAGUAAAAUAACCCCAAUGGCGACUAAUGUCGAAGAUUCGUAUCCGGACUCUGACUAGUUUAUAUAAUGCUUCAAAACCUGUUCCAUUACAACCUCUGAAACCAACAUCAGCUAUCGUGAUUACAGGAUAUAUUCCUCCUGAUGCUUUGAGAUUUUCAGUUAAUUUAUUGUGCAAAAAUGCUGAAAAUAUUGCAUUGCAUUUUAAUGCACGAUUAGACAGAGGUUAUGUGGUUCGAAAUUCAAAAUUUAAGGGUUGUUGGGAAGAGGAAGAGACUUGUUCUCCUGCAGGACAUAUUGCUUUUCGGCGCAAUUCCUAUGUGCAUGUUUUAAUUUUUUGUACUGCUAAUGAAUAUCAAAUUGCAGUAAAUGGAGAACAUUUUUGUGCUUUUGCAUAUAGAAUACCUCUUGAAGAUGUAAUAAAUUUAGAAAUUAAUGGAUCAUUAGAAGAUGCUAAAUUUAGACAAUUGGAAUUAUUCGUUUAUCCUGAUCCAAAAUUAUGCAGACCAAAUAACAUUUUAACUUUAAAAAUUGAUCAACCACUCGUCGAUUUUCUUAGUGUUCCAAUCACGGUAAACAUUGAAAAUGAAUUUAAAAUAGGAACCAGACUUUUCAUUGCAGGAAGAUUAAAACUUCUUCCACAUUCAUUUUACGUAAAUCUACAAAAAGGAAAAGCAAUUUAUCCACAUCCAGUAAUUGCAUUACAUUUAAAUCCUCGUUUUUUAUAUGGCAGCAAUGUACCUUAUGUUGUAAUGAAUUUCUGGACAAAUGGAUCUUGGGGAUACGAAGAAAGACACUCAGGUCAUUUGUCAUGGAUGCCUGGUCGUGAUUUUCUUCUGACAAUUCGAUGUGAAUUCGAAGCAUAUACAAUAUGGUUAGGAAACAAAAUGAUUGGUGAAUUCAAACACAGAUUACAACCAUCCAUCAUUGAUACUCUUAAAAUAUCUGGAGAUAUUGUGCUUCACGAACUAGCUAUAACAUAUUCAAAUUAAACAAAUUUUUGGUUUGAAAAUUUUUAAUUAUUUGUUAUUGAUUAUAAUGAUUUUUUUUUAUCCUAUUUAUCUUUCCCGCUAUUUACAAAGAUAAACUUUUUGGAAUAAUAUUUCAUUAUUGAUUAAAGUUUAUUUAUAUUAUUGACAGAUCAUAUAUGAUUCUCAGCUCAGAAUAAUUGCACAAUCGAAACACAAAUUGAUAAUGUUUUAUCAAUAUUUCAUUUUCUUUACUUGAGUAGUAAAAAGUUUGGAUGAAGAUCGAAUUAGUUUAAAGAAUUGUUAUAAAAAAAACUUGAAAUUACAUAUAAAACUCGUCCAUGCUUGCUAUGAUUAUCAAUUUUUUCAAAUAACAAUUCGUGUUUUGAUUGCACAACUAUUUAGAACUUGUUGAUGUAUAAAUAGAUAAUAUAUUCAUAGGAUAUUUUUAGAACAAAUCAAAUAUAGAAAUCAAAUCGAAAAAGUUAGUAUAUAAAAAUGUUCUUUAUUUAUUAAGUUUGUAUUAAAUGAAGCGAAAUGAAGAUAGAAAAGUUCUAUCUAUCAUUUCAUUCUGUUUCUGCCUCACUUCAUUUAAUGUAAAUUCUAAAUUGAUUAUAAUUUAAUCAAUUAACAUUUUCGUGUAUUAACUUUUAUAUUUAAUUGACUUUAUUCUUCAAAAUUGA